GAUUAUCGAUGGCUAGAAAAUUAAAGAAGGCUUCAUCAACAAAAACAAAUUUAAAGUUUUGCGUGAAUCCAGGGUUUUAAUAAAAUUUUGUCGAUUGCAGCCGCGUUAUUUGCCUUGCCAAACCGGCUUUUUGCAAUAUCGGCUUCGACGCCAUCAUUAGUUUCCGACCUCCAAUCAAAAUGCAGAGUUUAAAGAUUCAAGAGGAAAUCAAAUCUUUAAAGGCCCUAGGCCAGCAUUUCGAAGAGCAGCUGAGGCUGGCAAGCGUCGAGUUGGGGGACUUCUCUGAUGAAGAUCUGGCACUUCUUGACAAAUGCGUGCAUUACUAUGCUCUUUCCCAAAUCCACGAUUUAAAUCUGAACUUCAUGCGUGACUUUUACUGUGCCAGGAAAAGAGAAUGUAUCGAAAACAGGCAGACCAAAGUGCAACAACGCAUAGAGCUGCAGCGUAUAAAGUCUGCCAUCGAGGAGGCAACUAAGGACGUAGCCGUCUUGGAACGGUUUGUGAAUGCAGCAGAAGAGCGGCUCAUUCCAGAUAUUGUCGUUUUGCAACGUAACAGCCAACAUCUUGCCACCAAACAGGCCUUGUUGGACAGACAAAAAAACCUGAAGAUACCGAAGGAUUUCAACAUUGAGAGCGUCAUUGAAAAGGUGGAUUCGCUCGAACGGCCAUAGUGAAUGGUAUCGACUUUGUUUUUUAAAAAAUUAUUUAAUUGUAUUUACUCAGUAAUGCAAAAACACUUUACAAUAACAUAAAAUCUGCAAAUUUAAAAGACAA